AUGAAAAUCCUUGGGGUGUUUCUGCUGGUGCUGGCCAUCUUUGGGAUACAAGUCCAUGGAGAUGAGGUGUAUAACAUCAUCAAACCCAGUGGCCUCAAUGUUCAGGAGACGGUGACAAUUGACAAUGAAAAAAAUGCUGCCAUUAUUAACAUCCAUGCGGGAUCAUGCUCUUCUACCACGAUUUUUGACUACAAACAUGGCUACAUUGCAUCCAGACUGCUCUCCCGAAGAGCCUGCUUCAUCCUGAAGAUGGACCAGCAAACCAUCCCUGCCAUGGAUGAACUCAAACGGUACAUCUAUGAGAGUCAGACCAUGAACAGCAUGUUCUCCAACAAGUACACCUGGGUCAAGUACAACCCUCUACAGUCUCUGAUCUUGGAUGCAGACUGGCUCCUGUUUGGGUCACCCAUUGAACAACUCUGCGAACACAUCCCCUUGUAUAAAGGGGAAAUAGUUCAGAAGUCAGAGUCACAAUCAGAGCCAGGCUGUGCAAAGGCUGGGCUCCUGGGUGUCCUGGGGAUUUCCAUCUGUGCAGACCUUCACAUUUAG